GCUUAAGAUUUUACUUGUGAAUGGAAGGGUCAAAUUUUCGUUGCCCCACUACCAAGCCCCAUUAAAAGCAGCCAACCCACCAACUUUACUGGCAUAGUAGAAAGAGCCACAAGCCAAAGACCAAGGAUUACGGAUCUUUUUUAUCGCCCCGCGUAAUUUUCCAUUUGUCUGUCAUACAACUUUCCCUAAACUUUUCCUACAACCAAAAAAAAAAAAGGUUGACGAGGAUUAAUCUUUUUUUCAACAAUCUCCUCUCUACCCUUUCUCCAUUCCAUCCUUUUUUCUCAAGUUGUGGGAACAAGGUCCUUUUCUUUUUAUCCCCCUUGAUAAAAAGCCCACUAAUUAAGUUUUCUUGUCCUUGAUAAUCGGUCUCAUUCACUUGUGAUCGCAUCAAAAAGCCCGCGGUCGCUAUUUCAGAACCAACCAAAACCCAAGCGGGGUAGAUAACUUCGUCACUCACCAUCGUUUUCCUCUUCCCGGUCGACCAACAAUUCAUACAUACAAUAUAACAAAUAGAGGAAUAACUCGAGAAAAGGUCAUUUGAAGAGAUUUUCAAUAUGGUUUCCGCAUCCAAAGAGAAGAGACUCGCCAAGAAGGCUGCCGACGGCAAAGGCGAGAAAAAGACACUUGUCUCGAGAUCCAAGGCUGGAUCCAAGGCCGCAUCUAAGAGUGCGAGCGCUUCCGGUUCCGUCGCUGGCGAUGACCCUCCCGAUCUUGAUGAUGUCCCCGCAACCGACGAUACCAAGAUGGAGAAGGUCAAGGCUCUAUCCGACCAGAAGGAUAAGCAUGGCCUGUCUGACCGUAUUACUACCGGUGUCUUAGCAUCUGUAGUCACCAGCAGAGACGUCAAGAUCAUCAGUGCCAGUUUGACCUUCCAUGGUCGUGUACUACUCAACGAAACCAAUCUCGAGUUGUCAUUCGGUCGUCGCUAUGGUUUACUUGGUGAGAACGGAUGCGGAAAAAGUACCCUUCUCAAGGCCAUUGCUGCACGAGAAUACCCUAUCCCUGACCAUGUCGACAUCUAUCUUCUAAACGAAGGUGCGCCACCAUCCGACCUAGGUGCCCUAGAAUGGGUUCUCAAGGAGGCUGAGAAGGAGAUGGACCGUCUCGAUAGAUUGGCGGAGCAGCUGCUUGAGGACGAGGGUCCCGACAGCCCCGUACUGAUGGAUAUCUAUGAGCACAUGGACAAAAUGGACCCUUCCACUUUCGCCACCCGAGCCUCUCUUAUCCUGACCGGUCUUGGUUUCAACAAAGUUACCAUCCACAAGAAGACGAAGGAUAUGUCUGGUGGUUGGCGUAUGCGUGUUGCUCUUGCCAAGGCACUCUUCGUUAAGCCAACUCUGCUACUUCUUGAUGACCCCACUGCGCAUUUGGAUCUCGAGGCUUGUGUGUGGCUAGAAGAGUACCUCAAGAAGUGGGAGCGGACGCUCAUUCUAGUCUCCCACUCCCAGGAUUUCAUCAACGGCGUGUGCACAAACAUGAUUGACAUGCGAAAGCAACAACUCAUGUACUAUGGUGGUAACUUCGACUCCUACAUGAAGACCCGCAAGGAACAGGAGAUCAACCAGAUGACCGCCUACAAGAAGCAGCAGGAUGAAAUCAAGCAUAUCAAGGAGUUCAUUGCCAGCGCCGGUACUUACGCCAACUUGGUCCGACAGGCUAAAUCCCGACAAAAGAUCCUCGACAAGAUGAUUGCCGAUGGCCUCAUCGAGGAAAUUAAGGAAGAGAGGGAUUUCAAGUUCAGAUUCACCGAUGUUGACAAGCUACCACCUCCGGUUCUAUCGUUCGACGAUGUAACAUUCUCGUACUCGGGUGAGGCAAAGGAUGACCUCUACCGCAACAUCGACCUUGGUUUUGAUAUGGACUCCCGUACUGCUCUUGUUGGACCCAACGGUGUUGGAAAGAGUACCCUUCUUCGCUUGAUGACGGCCAAAAUCUCACCCACUUCGGGCUCUGUUCGUCGCCACACCCAUCUUAAGCUCGGCCUUUACUCGCAGCACAGUUCUGAGCAACUCGAUCUGACCAAGAGUGCCUUGGACUUUGUCCGCGACAAGUACCGUGAGAAGUCGCAAGAUUACCAGUUUUGGCGACAAACUCUUGGUAGAUAUGGAGUAUCCGGUCCCGUCCAGACUGCUUUGAUGGGCACACUUUCUGAAGGCCAGAAGAGCCGUAUUGUUUUCGCUCUCCUUGCUAUCGACUCACCCAAUAUGCUUCUCCUCGACGAACCUACCAACGGUCUAGAUAUCCCCACGAUCGAUGCUUUGGCAGAUGCCAUCGAGAAUUUCAGUGGAGGUGUCAUUGUAGUUUCCCACGAUUUCAGAUUGCUUGACCGAAUUGCCAAGCAAAUUCUGGUUUGCGAGAACCGAAGCAUCAAGCCUUGGGAAGGCUCAAUAGGAGAGUACAAGAACUAUCUCCGAAAGAAGAUGUUGGCCUCUGGCGCAGUCUAAGCGCCGUUCUUUUUAUGCGCUUGAUAUUUUGGUCUAGUUGACUUUUACGAACACUUUCCUCGGAUUAGAGGAGACAGGGUCGUGCUAAAGCAGCACGGAAUUGGGAAGCAUACACAUGUGGCUGCGACUCGGGGGUUCUAUAGAAUGGGCAUCGCAGCAUAGAGCCGUAGCCUAGGGGUUGAAAAGCUCUGCUUUUUAAAGAGGACCUUUACGAACUGCGACAAGCCAACCAACAUCGGUGUGCGCCGGAUUUCUCCUUCAUAGGGAUAGAUUAGAGACGAAUGAAAAAAUUGCCUUUUUAAA